AUGCACGACAGCAAGCUCAUCUGUAGAUCAUACUCCGGUUCUCAUCUCACCUGCAUAAAAUACCCUCAAACACUUGAAGUCCUCUGCAAAAUUCACGAUGGCGAGUGUGACAACCACUCGGGGGGCAGGUCACUUGCCCAGAAAACUCUAAACGUAGGCUAUUUCUGGCCUACCAUGCGCCACGACUCCGCUGAAUAUGUCAAAAAAUGUGAUCGUUGCCAACAAUACAAGUCGAUCCCUAAUCUGCCUGCCAAAGUUUACCAUCCGCAAAACAGUCCGUGGCCAUUCAUGCAAUGGGCCAUCCACUUAGUGGGUCCCUUGCCACCGGCGCCCGCCAAGAAAGAAAUGAUGAUCGUCACCACCGACUACUUUACUAAAUGGAUCGAGGCCGAAGCUCUAUCUUUUACUAAAGAAGCCGAUGUGGAGCGAUUCAUCUGGAGAAAUAUCAUUUGCCGGUUCGGCUGCCCACAAUCGUUGGUCACUAACAAUGGCUCACAGUUCAUUGGCAAGCAGAUCACCGCCUUCUUUGCGAAAUACAAGAUCAAGCAACACCUGUCCACUCCAAGGUAUCCACAAGGAAAUGAGCAGGCCGAGGCAUCCAACAAAGUCAUAUUAGACUGCAUGAAGAAAAGGCUAGAAGGAGCCGAAGGGAAAUGGGUGGACGAACUCCCCGGAGUACUAUGGGCUUAUCGCACCACCAAACGAAGGUCGACUAGAGAAACCCCAUUUUCCCUUGCCUAUGGAACUGAAGCGAUCAUUCCUCCUCACGUCACUGUCCCCUCUAUAGGCAUUGAAGUCGGCAGUAUAGAGCAGAACUCCGAGCAGAUAAGACUCAACCUUGACUUACUUGAAGGUGAGCGCGAGAAGGCCAUUAUCCGAGUCGCCUCCUAUCAACAGCGGUUAAAGUCCUACUACGACAAAAGAGCUAAGAUCAGACAGUUUUAA